AUGCCUGCAUCUACAUCCGUCGCCAAGGUGGCGCCUUUGAAAAGGCUCCAAACAAAACUCCGAGGUCAUAUUGAGCUUUUCAAAACCAUCGCAGUCUACGCAGAUACAAUUCGAGACAUUACAUCCGUGCAACAAAUCGCUGUAAGAGUCGAGAAACUGGACGAACUUUGGGAGAAGGUGAACGAAACCAUCGAAGACAUCGAGAAUCACGACGAUUACAACCCAGACACUAGUGAUGUGAAUGAGGAACGCGUAACUUUCGUGAACAUGUACUACAACCUCAAGGGCGUGUUCAUGGAAAAGAUUAAGGAGCUUGAGGAGUCCUCUGCAUCACACCAAUCCACAAGGUUCAUGGAUUCUUCGCUUCUGCCGACUGUCGAACAUGUGAAGUUACCCCAGAUUAAGCUCCAAUCGUUCAGCGGUGACAUCGAUGAGUGGUUGAGUUUCCGAGACCUGUUUCUUUCGCUGAUUCACACCAAGGCUGAUCUUCCCAACGUUGAAAAAUUCCACUACCUUAAGGGAUGUCUGUCAGGGGAAGCUAAGGCACUGGUCGAUCCGUUAUCCAUUACCGCAGUGAAUUAUCAGGUCGCCUGGGACAUCCUCAUGAAGCGUUACAACGAUAGCAAGAUUCUGAAGCGAAGGCAGGUUCGCGCGUUGUUCAGUCUACCAAAUGUACCAAGGGAAUCUCCGUCUCAGCUACAAACACUCCUGGAAGGCUUUGAACGUAGUGUUCAAACGCUGGAUCAGCUGGUGAAGGCAGAGGAUUACAAAGACCUACUCUUGCUGGAAAUCCUAGGUUCCAGGUUAGAUCCAAGUACACGUCGAGCAUGGGAAGAGGUAUCUGCCAACAAGGAGAAGGACAAGAUCAAGGAUCUUACGGAGUUCCUCCAGACACGAGUGAAGGUAUUGAGCUGCUUGUCCUCGAAUAACGCCGAUGCAAGAAGAGAUCAACCGCAAUGGAUUCGGAAGCAGCCCACAAACCGAACGGCCAACAAUGCUUCGCAGUUUACCACAGGCCGAUGUAUUGCAUGCCCUGAAGACCAUCUUCUCCAUCAAUGUCUGGCUUUCAAGAAUUUGUCGGUUGCAGAGAGGGAACAACUUAUUCGAAAACACAGUAUGUGCAGGAACUGUUUUAGACGAGGUCAUAUCGCAAUGAAGUGUCCGUCAACAUACGUUUGUCGCAGCUGUAGAGGGAAACAUCACACUUUGCUGUGUUUUCACGCCGAGAAUAGAGUCGCACAUUCCGCCGUCACUGAAACUUCCAUGGGGCAACGAGGUGCUGAGCGGGCCGAGUACGUUGGGGAAUCAUCAUCAACCGGAACUACCUCUGCAAACACAGCUAGAAGGUCCAACUCAACAAUGCUAUUGGCUACAGCUGUCGUCCUGGUAGAAGAUUGUACUGGAUUCAGUUACCCGGCCAGAGCGCUUUUGGACUCCGGUUCUGAGUGUAACUUCAUGACAGAAACACUUUGUCAACGGUUGGGAGUGCAGCGAAAAUCAAUAAAUAUCUCGGUAGUCGGUAUUGGUCAAGCAAACAGCCACGUCAAGCACCAGGUUUCAGCUUUGAUUCGAUCCAGAACGUCCAGCUUUAGCAGAAAAAUGGAUUUUCUCGUCCUUCCUAAGGUUACAGCUGAUCUUCCUACAGCUACCGUCGAUACUUCCAAUUGGAAACUUCCACCAGGAGUUAAUCUUGCCGAUCCAUCCUAUUGUAAAUCAAGGUCUAUUGAUCUAGUUCUUGGAAUACAGGAUUUCUUUGAGUUCUUUCAAACCGGAAACAAAAUUCGACUAGGAGAGGGACUGCCAACGCUGACCGAAUCGAUAUUUGGAUGGGUGGUAUCUGGAGUUGUAGACAACUGGCAGAAUUCUUCACAAACCGUAUGUAACACCGCUGUUUCACAAGAUUUGGAUGAAAUCUUAACUCGAUUUUGGAUUUGUGAAGAGCUGGAGCCUCUUCAAAAUUAUUCGCCUAACGAGUCGCGCUGUGAGGAGCAAUUUGUGCGCACGGUGCGCAGAGGAUCGGAUGGAAGGUACACAGUGAGCCUUCCCAAGGAUGAAGACGUAUUUCCAAGCAUUGGCGAUUCAAGGGAUAUCGCUUACCGACGUCUUCAAAGCCUAGAGCGUCGACUGGCAAGGGAGUCAGAGAUGCGCCAACAGUAUACUCAGUUUUUAGCCGACUAUCUGAAGCUUGGGCAUAUGCGGAAGAUAGAUGAGACCCUAGAUGCAGGACGAGUACGCUGUUAUUUACCGCACCAUCCGGUGAUUAAGGAAUCGAGCACUACCACCAAACUUCGAGUUGUAUUCGACGCUUCGUGUUCGACAUCAAGUGGCAAGUCACUCAACGAUAUUUUACUAGCGGGACCGGUAAUCCAGGAUGAUCUCCGGUCAAUCAUCCUAAGAAGCCGAACGAAGCAGUUCAUGAUCGUCGCUGACGUUGAAAAAAUGUUUCGACAAAUUCACAUUAGCGAUGCGGACAAACCCUUGCAGAGUAUUUUGUGGCGAGAAGAUCCAACCGAGGAAGUUAAAACUUACGAAUUAACCACCGUAACGUAUGGGACCAAACCUGCGCCGUUUCUAGCUACCAGAGUUUUGAAACAACUAGCAAUGGAUGAAGAAUUACGUUUUCCCAAGGCAGCCAAGGUAUUGAUUGAAGACGUGUACAUGGAUGACGUGCUCACAGGAACCGACGAUGAGUUAGAAGCAGUUUUACUAAGCCGUGAAUUGAGAAGAUUAACAGAAUGUGGAGGAUUCAAUCUUCGAAAGUUUGCUUCGAAUUCGCUGCAAGUCUUGGAGGAUCUACCUGAUGAAUAUUUGGCAUUAACUGCAGGCGAAGAGAUUGAUCUCGAUCCCGAUCCAUCGGUAAAAACGCUCGGACUAGUGUGGCAACCAAGGACGGAUACGUUCAGGUUCCAAUUCAUCAUAAAGCCCAUCGGAGUUAAGGAGCCCCAGACAAAACGGAAGGUCUUGUCUGUAAUCGCGACACUGUUUGAUCCAUUGGGACUGAUUGGAGCAGUCAUAACAACCGCAAAAAUCAUGAUGCAGCAGCUUUGGUGUAUUGAAGACGAGAAUGGCAAGAAAUUAGAUUGGGAUCUGCCGAUACCUCGAAUCAUUGAUGAAACCUGGCGGAGUUUCUACAAUCAACUUCAUCAAUUGAAUGAUUUACGGAUUCCAAGGUGCACGCUGAUUUCAAAUGCGGUUGAACGAGAGUUGCACGUCUUUUCUGACGCAUCCGAAAAGGCAUACGGAGCAUGUGCUUAUCUGCGAAGCAGCGACCAAUAUGGAAACUUCAUCGUCAGACUCCUCACUUCAAAAUCAAGGGUAUCACCUCUUAAAACACAGUCAAUACCGCGAUUGGAACUAUGUGGAGCGUUAAAGGCGGCUGAGUUAGCAGAAAAUAUUCAGAGCGCUUUUAAAUUUCAAAUUUCCCUUCAUUUCUGGACUGAUUCAACAUGUGUGCUCCAAUGGUUGAAGCACAUCCCAUCAACAUGGUCAACGUAUGUCGCCAAUAGAGUAUCAAAAAUACAGAAGGUUACGGAAAGGCACCCUUGGAGACACGUUUCUGGAGAUCAGAAUCCGGCAGAUUUGAUAUCUCGUGGUAUAACUCCCGAUCAAAUUCGAGAGGACAAGCUAUGGUGGGAAGGUCCGGAGUGGCUGCAACUAGAUGAAGGUUGUUGGCCACGUCAGACGGAAAGGUCAGGCGACGUACACGUUAAAAAGGAAGCUCGGAAAACUGCCGCACAUAACGUUAUUAAAUACGAUGAAGAAUUUGGAUAUUACUACUGCAAGAAAUUUUCGUCGUUUAUCAAGCUCAUUCGUGCUACAGCUUAUUGGAUCCGAUUGAAAGGGAGCCUUUGUAAAAAUAGGGUUGUUUCCAAGGGUCAUCUCAGCACAAAAGAAUUGAAGGAAGCAGAAUUCGCAGUCAUUCGUUGUAUUCAACAGGAGGCGUUUAGGGACGAAUGGAAGGCACUAUCCAAGGGAACGGAGUUACCUAGAACUUCGGCAUUAAAGUGGUACAAUCCAAAAAUUGGUUUGGAUAAUCUAAUUCGCCUUGGCGGGAGACUAGCCAACUCCAACGAGACUGUAGACGUAAAACACCCAAUUGUGCUGCCAGCUAGACACCCAUUCACGCGACUCCUCCUAGAACACUACCAUCUGAAAAUGUUGCAUGCGGCUCCUCAGCUUUUACUUGCUACAAUUAGAUUGCAGUAUUGGCCGCUUGGAGGACGCAGUAUUGUUAGACAAGUGGUACACAAUUGCUUAAGAUGUUAUCGACAGAAACCCAAGACCGUGGAGCAGUUUAUGGGAGAACUACCGGCAGCUCGAGUAACAGUUUCACCUCCUUUUUCUAAGGCUGGAGUGGACUACUUCGGACCUAUCUACGUUCGCCCAGGGCCUCGUCGACCGGCUGUUAAGGCUUACGGAGCUCUUUUCGUUUGCCUUUGUACCAAAGCGAUUCACCUGGAAUUGGUUACUGAUAUGUCUACUGAAAAAUUUAUUCAGGCACUCGAGCGUUUCAUCGGCCGAAGAUCGAUACCUACAGAUCUGUAUUCUGACAACGGGACAAAUUUCGUUGGGGCAAGAAAUCAGAUGAAGCAUUUAUUAGAGAAGCUCCACAGCAAGGACUAUCAUCGAGAAAUCGUCGGAAAAUGUGCUGAGCAAGGAAUUCAAUGGCACUUUAAUCCGCCUGCAGCUCCUCAUUUUGGAGGGUUAUGGGAGGCGGCAGUCAAAUCUGCGAAACGACAUCUGAUGAAGGUUAUGGGAGAAAAUGCAGCGUCAUACGAAGAUCUCAACACGCUUUUUAUAAAAAUUGAGGCUUGUCUUAACUCCAGACCAUUGACCCCGUUAUCAGAGGACCCCAACGACUUAGCACCUUUAACUCCUGGACAUUUUCUAGUGGGCAGACCACUUCUGCAACUUCCGGAACACGAUUGGACUGAAGCACCUACUAAUAGGUUGAACAACUUUCAGCUGAAUCAGCAGCGGCUCCAGCAUUUUUGGACACGUUGGAGAAAGGAAUAUUUGUCGCAGCUUCAAGGAAGAACGAAGAGAUGGAAGCAGGCAGUUCCAAUUAAGGUUGGACAGCUUGUAGUCAUUAGAGAUGAAAACCUGCCACCUCUACGUUGGAGAACGGGACGUAUUACCGAAGUGCAUCCUGGAACAGACGGAGUAGUACGUGUGGUAACGCUGAAAACGGCAAAUGGAACAACAACGCGAGCGGUAGAAAAAAUAUGUCUACUUCCCCCGAGGCUUCAACCUGUUAAACUCGAGAGAUUUCAGGGAGUGCGGGGAUGUUUAUGCUCUACAUUGAGGACCUGUCGACCUCCUGAAUACUCAGCCAUGCUGUCGGAUGAAGAGAGCCCAGCUCGAAGAACUAAUAAAACAUUCCCGUCCAAGGAAGGCGAGCAAGCCCCAAACCCAACCGGAGAAACUCUUAGUUUCGCCAAGCCAAAGAAGCGCGAAGUACUUACCCAAGCCGCAUACAGUCCACCCGAGGUACGAUCCCGCGGAACCGCAGAACCAGCCCAAGUCCACCCAAGGUACGAUCCCGCGGAACCGCAGAACCAACCCAAGUGUGGCCUGGAGGAACCCCAUCUGGGUAUCCAACCGCCGACCGCUUCCGUUAGUGCCCACUCGGUAGUGUUAGACACUCACGUGAUAAGUGCACAAGUGACCCUCCCCGGACCGCAUCGAAACAUAAGGCCUUCACCCGAUACACUAAGGCCAAGUUGUCGCUCGGCUUGCCCCAAGGGGGUGAGCUGCACCGUUCCCGAUAUUCCGGAAUCCCGUUUCGACGUCGCCAAGCUGUCCCCCAACGAGUCGACCAACGCAGAACGGCCGCAGCGAGAUCCCGAUCGAAGAAAAAAAGCCGGAGACAGAACUGAAGAAUGCAACGCGGAACGACCGUGUCAAGACCUACCCGAAAAAAAAGAACAACCGCCGCCAUCGGCCGACAGCAGUCAACGCCAUGCCGAUGCCAACAAUCCCAACAAUCUCACCCCCCUUGCUAUCAACAAUCUAACUAUCCGACGACAACCAUCCGACGACCAACAACUGUGCUCUGCUCGCUUAGCUAGGGUUCCGUUCACAGAAACCCGAGUCACUCGGCGGCAUCCGAGCAGGCACUCUCGGAAAAUCCGAAACCGAGUGAACCGAAAUCAACCCACAACAAGUUUGGCGCCCAAAAUUCGGCCGCCCCCCCAAAACAACUGUGGAUGGAUGCUGGAGGCUGCUGCAAUCAUACCGAACAAGUCUUCAAUGGCAUUCAUUGAGUCAUUUUUUGGGUUCCGUCCUUCCCUAAAUAACAACAGCUGUUGGGCUGGUUGA